CCACUUUUGCAGAAGCUAAUUAUAAUGGUAUUGGAUACUAAAUAGUGAAUAAGACAGUUGGAGCGGCAAUUUGAAGGUUACGCAAUUGAUUCCCGUAUGCAGGCCCUUAAAUGUUGUGAAGCAAGCCGAUUAAGGUCAAGAGAAUUGGUUUAUAUUUCCGGAACGGAAUUCAAAAAGUGGAACUACUCUUAAUCAACGAAAAUUGAAAAAUAACAAUAAUUAUCAUAAAUUACAAAUUGUGAUUCACGUAAUAUAUCAGUAAAAAAUUAUUAUUUUAUUUGACUAAAUUCAAACUUUAUAAUAAAUGUCUUCUAAUCAAGUCUUAAUAAAGAAAUCUAAAGAAAUCAUUGAAGCAUCAAAGCUUAAACAUCAUGAAGCUGAAAUUUCUGAUUCUUUAUGGAUUGAACAAAUUCAAAUGUACAUUGAUAUUUGUGUAUAUAUUAAAAAUACUUUAAAUAAUCAACAAUUAAUUAAUGAUAAUCAACCUAUUUCAGCGUAUAUUUUUAUAAUUUUAGGCGGUAUUCUUGGUAAUUCUUAUACAACUUGUAAAUUACAUAGUAAUAAUCAAUUGAUUUCACUUAUUAAUGAUAUUUUUAAUAUAUAUUUAAUAAAAUUUAAUGUAAAAACAAUAAGACAGUUGUUAUUAAUUAAAAUUGAUCCAUUGUCAAAGUUGAAUACUUCACUUAGUUUAGCUUCAGAGAUUUUAAAAUUAUCACUUGUUUAUUUAGCAAAAAAAUGUGACAAAUCAACUAAUAGUAAUGAUGAUGAAGAUUAUUCAUUAACUCAUUAUCCAUUAAUACGUGAUACAAUUGUAUGGUUAACUAUGGAACUUGAUUAUCCUGAAAUUUCUGAACAUGAAUUUAUUUCUAUUUUACAACCAUUUGGUUUAAGAUUAACAGAGGAUUAUCGUUCAUCUAUACAAUUAGCUGGUCUUAAUGUUUUAUAUAAUUUAGCAAAUAAAGCUAGGAUUGCUGACUGGCGUCAAAGUAAUCGAGCUGAAGCAGUUAUUUCACAAUUAUUAAAUCAUAGAAUUGCUUGUAGUUCAAAUUCAUCAGAAAUAUUACUUCAUAAACUUUAUUCAACUUUACUUGUUCUAACUAAUUUAUUGAGUAAUACAAAUUCAGCUAAUUGGUAUGAAAAAAUUACUGAAAGACUUUUAUUUGAUCUUUUAAUGGAAACACGAUAUAAACGUCAAUUGGUACUACUUAAACAUUUGUCAAAAUUAAUCGAUAUUUUGAAAGCGUCUUUCUCAUUAUUUACUCGACAAUUCAUAAAAGUCACCUCAAGUAUUUUACUUGGUCCACGGAAGUUAACACGUAAUGGUAAAUCUGUCACUACUAAUGAGUCAAACGAAUAUGACACCGUCUAUGUGCUUAUGUUACAAUGCGUCAAUGAAUUUGUAAAAUCAUGCUGGCCACUAAUUUGUCCUACAUUGUUACCAGAUAUUAUUCCUCCACUGAUUGCAUUUAUCGAUCUGUUAUCUUGGGAUAAUAAAGGUGAAAUUGAAGAGAAUGAGACAUAUUCCCUCUUAAAAAGCUUAUUUGAAUCUCUUAUAGUAUUAGAACCACGUCUUUUAAACGAUGUUCUACAGCCUUUGUGUGAUAUAAUUCCUCAUCUAAAGUUGUACCUUCCUUCUUAAGCAAUUAUUUUAUGUACAGUAUUCUUGCAUAUAUAUAUAGUAACAAAAUGAUAUAA